CAUGAAGGAUCAGUACCCCUAGAACAGUUGGUUGAACAUUGUCCAUUUCUAGAAGAAUUAGACAUUGAAGGAUGGGACUGCACGAAAUCAAAACAUGGAAAUUGUGGAGGCCAAGAUCUCGUACCAGUCUCCAGAUUUAAGCAUCUCAGGGUACUCACACUUUCAUACUUGGCAGGGGUUCGUCAUGGAAAGUUUCUUGAACUGAUAGGGAAAAACUGUCAACUUCUGCGACAGUUAAGGUUACAUUAUGUUGGGGAAUAUGCUCACAUCACAUAUCUGGCUUCUCUCUUAGUGACCUUAAGAAAUCUUGAUCGUCUGAUUGAUCUCAGGAUAGGACAUAAAGCUUUAGACCUUGAUUCACAGAAUUUUUGGACUGCCAUUCAGGAAAUAAAGAGUUUACAACGUCUUUGUCUCUUAACCUAUGAAAGUGGUAAAAUAAAUGCUAAUAUGGUCGUAAGAUCUCUUUUGCAACUUCCGAAUCUACAUGUCAUUCACAUCCACUCCAUGACUUUCAACAAAAUAGUUCUAAAUAAAGCCAUAACCAGGGCUUUCAUAACAAAACGAGAUAGCUCUAAUUGCUCGUUACUUGAAAUUGUAGUUGAUGAAGCUAACCAGAAUUCAUAUCUCAAGGAAGCUGCACAUACUGAAACAACAGUUGGGAAAGUUACAUCACAGCUUUGCCAUAAAUAUUCUCUUUGUGUUAUGUCUUCAUACAUUGCCAAACCAAAACCUAGGGGACUUUAUGUAUCUGCAUGAAAUAAUACAUGUAGAAAAGCCUAAUUCCCUAUUUGUUAUGUAUAGUAUUUGAAAUUGUAUGAAUCAUCAAUAAAUUAGGAACCUGUGAAUGUA